AUGAUUCCGAAGGAUAUUCAAGAUGCCAUUGCUGCCGGUCGUGUCCCCAAUGAUAUUUCUCCGCAAUAUCUUGCAGAGAGUCGCGAUCGACCGGCCAUCAUUGCCAUGCUGACAAUCGGCGUGUUUGUGGUGCUGCUCGUGUCAUUGCGUUGCUAUGCCCGGCUGAUUCUGACCAAGAGAUUUGGCCUUGACGACGUUCUCAUUGUACUUGCAUUGGUCUUCUACGUAAUUCUCAUUAUCCUAGCAAUACUUCUCCUUGCGGACGGUUCUGGACGACACUUUGAUUACAUCCACUAUGUCCUCAGCAAUUCCAUUGUGAACAGGACCCAAGUUGAAGAUUUUGCGGCUCACCUCGUAUAUACGUUAGCGCUUUAUUUUGGUCGAAUGUCUGGUCUCGCCUUCUAUCACCGGCUUGCGAGCAUGAACAUCCUUUUGCAGCGUUUCGUGUAUGUGGCUGGCGCUUUCAUGAGCCUUGCACUACUGCCGCAAAUAUUUCUCCUCAUAUUUCACUGCUCACCCGUCACGGGGUUGUGGCCAUAUGAAUGGCAGGAGGAAUACAAGAAAUAUAAGUGCUUGCAUUGGGGAACUAUUUAUCUGGUAAACUCAGUCAUUUCACUAAUUUGCGAUCUCCUGAUGUUCAUCAUUCCAUCAAUGAUCAUCAAGAUGCUUCAAAUUCGCUGGAAGGAGAAGCUGAAGUUGUCUUGCAUUCUAUUCCCCGGUGUUCUAGUCAUCAUCAUCUCUUGCGUACGCCUUGAUUUUGUCAUCCAAGGCGGGUUCCUUGUUGACAUGUCUUGGGCGUAUAGUCCUAUGCUGGCAGUCGAGACAUCUGAAGUCGCCGGCACUAUUACGGCGCUCUCCGUGCCAGCUCUGAAACCUCUGUUUGGAUCUUUCUUUCAUUUCGCGACAUCCCGAAGCAAAAGUGCCACGACCGGAUGGAGUCGUCAAGAAGUAGAGCAUUCUGGCGCUCCGAACACGUUUGACGGCCGUUAUCACCGAACAACGUCAAUCAGUGGGCAAGGACGUACGACAAAUGAUAACGAGAGUGAUGAUAUCCUUUUGGGCCCCGAUGAUAUGCAGCUACGCCAGAUGGAGAAACAGCCCGGACCGAAGAGCAUUCGCGUUCAGACGUCCGUAAACAUUUCAGGAAGAGAUGGUCAAUCUUAUUAG